CGACUUUCUUCCAUCCAUGAACAUCCCAUUCAUCCAUCCAUCCUCCAAUUCAUCCUUUCCCAUCCAUCUCUUCUGAAGAGGCCAAGGUGUCCAAAGUCAAGUUGUCCACUUGCCUGUUGCCGUCCCAACCCCCAUCCCACCACGCACAGUCCCAUGAUUGGGCAACCCCUCUUUGAUCUAUCUGGCCUCUUCAUCGUCAUGUGUCACUCCUGAGCCUACUACAACUACCAAGGGCAUCAUCGAACUUCCUCCUGAGCAAGACAACCCCCCCCCAUCGACGUCAAUCCCACAUCCCAAAUCCUUCCACCAUACCCCUCUUCCCUCCUCACGAGUCCAUGCCGCUCAGCGAAUGCAUGACCCCGCGCUCCUUUGACGAUGACAGCAUGUUCGGCGGCUCCAUUGCCGGCAGCAGCUUGGCUGGCACGCCUGCGCCUGCGCCUGCCCCUGAGAAGAAACCCGUGAAGAAGAGGAAGUCCUGGGGCCAGCAACUGCCCGAACCCAAGACCAACCUGCCUCCGAGGAAGCGAGCAAAGACCGAAGAUGAGAAGGAGCAGCGACGAGUAGAGCGGGUCCUCCGCAACCGUCGAGCCGCUCAAUCAUCGCGGGAGCGCAAACGACAGGAGGUGGAAGCGCUCGAGGCCGAGAAGAAAGCCAUCGAGCGGAGAAAUCAGGAGCUCGAGAUGCGCCUGGCCAACAUGGAGGCAAAGAACCUCAUGCUCCAGCGCGAGCUCGAGCAGUUCACGGGUGGCUCAAUGGGCGCCUUCCGUAGCAGCUCAGUCGCCGCAUCUCCCCACCAAUCACCCCGCCCAGUUACAUUCUCACAAGAUCUCUUCGGUUCGCAAGACGCGACCGAGAGAUCGCCGAUGAGCACCCAAGUGUCACCUCUCGACACCCAACCAACCCGCACCGUCAACCCUGCAUCACUAUCACCCGAGAUGCGUCCCGUGGCCGAAUCCUCCAACGCCAGCUCUUCCGAUAUGACACAACAUCCUGCCGCGAUGUUGUGCGACCUGCAGUGUCAGUCGGGAGAGCAACGGCCCUGGAUGGGUUCAACACCAGCCACAGCCUCGACCAUCUCUCAUCUCUUAGCAAUGACCCUGUUCAUCAGUACAACCUCGAGGGCUAUUUUGACGCUCCUGACCCCUCUGAGUCAGAUCGUUACCUCCUUGAGAACGGGAUCCUCGCUGAACCCAACGUCUUCGAUCUUAACUAUGAUCAUCUGGCUUUCGACAACGACGGCGCCCUUGACGACUUCAACAUCAACGAGUACCUCCACCACGACGAGAACAACCAGCCCGCGCCCGAAGUUCAGUCUUCGGAUUCGGUUGCUGAAUCGACUUCUAGCCUGCAGCCCCCAUUUGGCGCGUCCACUUAUGGAUGCGACGAUGGAAGCAAUGCGGUUAGCGUCUGAGCAGCAGCUUACCCGCGACUGUCUGACCGGCGCAGGUGGGUGUGGUAGUCUUGAUGGGGACCACUCACCGAGUUUGGAGUCGUUGACGACGUUACUUUGGGCCACCCAUGUCUUCGAGAAGAAUCGACAGCGGGUGCCCGAGCCGGACCUAGCCACGGAGGUCAAGCAGGCGUGCAGGGAGCUAGAGGAGCUGCUCAGACCGAGGGAGGUGAUAGGCAGAGGGAUUUCUUUUCAAAUGUCAAGGGGCGGUGGUAAAUUAGGCCAGAAGGCCAUGGAUGGUUGGCGUCCGGCGUUCAAACAUGAUCGCCAUUGAACUUAGCGACCACAGGAUGGGACUGACCUUGUAUACCAAAUGUAACUACUGCAAUGUAAAUUCUUAACUUCUAUAACUUGGCUUGCAUGUGAUGAGGAUGAGUAAUAUCUAAACAAUCUUGCCUCUAAUCACCCAGUGAAAUCUAUUUGGAUUACUGUAACUCACGCUUUCAUCUAUUUCCUCUCAUCGCAAGUGUUUUCGGCAAAUUUUUCCAUUGUUGAAAGCUAUAUAAAUCCAUGCUUGCUAUGAUGUAUGUGCUCCGAGGGGUAUCUCUUAACAGAAAAGCAACGAGGCAGAAAGAAGAUCCAUUGAAUGUCCUAGCC